AUGGGAGCCUCGGAAUCGAAGCUCGUCUUUAAACAAGGCAUCUUUCGCUUGUACGAGGAUAAGAAUAUACCCGCGGACGACCCUUUCUGGGUGAAGUUCUGGGAACUACCCGAAUCCACCGAGGAUGUCUUCAGUUUGUUCACCCCCGCUGACAUUCGCCGAGCGAGAGACUCUGCCCUACCCAAUCUCGAAACUUUACUACUAGCUAUAUGCUCUCGUUUGAUCGUGCUGAAAAACCAUCCUUCGUUCCCCGAUCCCGAAAUCGCCCCGGACAGAGACGCUCUCAACUGUAUUCGCAUCUUGACUAGACUUCUUCCCUUCAUACAUGAAGCAGAUCAUUUAGAGGGAUGGGAAGAGCAGUUUUUCUGGGCGCGCCGCAAAAAGAAAACCCGUCAGGCUCAAGUCGCAUCAGUUGUGUUAUUUGAUGAGGCUCAUACAGACAGCGAAGAGGCCCAAUCUCCCCCUCGGGACAAUGAUCUUGAGGACGCCAAGCCGCUGGGAGAGGAAUUAAUAGACACUUUGCUGGAUCUCUUAUUCCAUACCGGAUUUACUAUCCCUCACUUGGCUACAGCAAAGGCAAAAGUGUCGUACUCAAUAUGGCAGAGUGGGGUUGGAUGCAACGCGGCAAUGGUUUCAACAAAGGAACAUGAGAAUAAUCGUAUGGAAAUAUUACGUUUGCUUCUCACUUUGACUGGAAAAUCCAUGUACAUGUCUCCAGCUCUACUUCCUGUCAAGGGUGUCAAAGCUAUCACGUACAUUGCUUCGUGUCCUGACAAACAGAUUGUCUUGACUGUCUUAUGUUCAUUGUUGAAUACAACGAUUAAAUACAACCCGGCCAUUUGGAAAGUUCCGUAUGACCAUGUUGUUUGGAAAGAUCCAAAGCAAACUCUCGUGAUUUACUGUCUUCAAUUCCUUCUAGUCAUUCUUCUCUACCCUAUUCCUGAAGAUGGCCGUGGGGCUCCUCCUAAAAAUUACUAUCGUCAUUACUUUGGACGGCUGCAUCGACCUCAGGAUUUUCAAUUCCUCGUUGAUGGGAUGACCAGGAUCUUAAAUCAGCCGAUGCAUGCAACCACUUCAUACCUUCCAGGAAGUCAGAGAUCUGUCAAAUGGGCUCCUGAAAUGCUUAUGUUAUUCUGGGAAGCGCUGCAGUGCAACAAACGAUUCAGAUCAUUCAUCAUCGACUCCAAUCGGUCACAUGAUUUUGUCAUACUUUGCCUCUUCUACGCGAUUGAGUAUAAAAACGACCCAUCCAAACAGGGGUUAGUGAAAAUGUGCAUCUUCAUUCUCCAAACUCUCAGCGUCGAGGCCAGCUUUGGGAAAAGUUUGAAUCUGAAGUUCGAGGCUCAAGAGACGCUACCUCCGAGUAUUCGCCUGCCUGGUUUUCGAGGAUCCUAUGCCGACUAUCUCAUAAUCUCUAUACACGCCUUGAUGACCACCAGUAAAGGGAAAUUGGACGCAAUUUACCCUGCACUGCUAGCAAUUUUGAACAAUAUAGGAGCAUAUAUAGAACGACUAUCACCAAACUCCUGUUCAAAGAUACUACAAUUGUUUGCUUCUAUGUCGUCACCGAGCUUUCUGCUCGCUAAUGAAACCAAUCAUUCGCUACUAGCUGCUUUGCUUGAGUUCAUUAACUUGAUAAUUGAGUACCAAUUCACAAAAAACCCAUUCUUUAUAUACAGCAUCCUUAAAAACAGAAAGCGAUUCGAGGCUUUGCGAACGUUUACCCUUGAAAGCGGCCAGCAGGAAAUUGAACGCCAGAACCAACUUCAAAAGGUCAAUUCUUCGGGUGACAAUGUUCCGAAUAAUAAUUCACAGUCUGUCGAUGAGCCUCGACGAUCAGGUGGUGCACCUUUGACCCAUAUUCCGGAGGAAAGCAGCCCAUUUGCCAUUGGAGGUGACGAUUCCGAUGAGGAGGAUGAAGCACCAAACACGCCAUCGCAGUCAUCUCCAUCGCUUCGGAAUUCGCGCGCACCUUCACUUUCGUCGUCGGUUGAUGACGCUGUGCCUCUUCAGACGAGAGGGAUGUCAGAGAAGGCUCGAGGGAAAAUGCCUGCUAGUCAAUUGAGCUUCUCACGGCAAAAUAGUUUGACGAGCUUGAACAGUUAUUCCGCAACGAUUCAUUCUUCUUCAGCCCAAUUCACUCCGACGGCGGUGUGGAUCGAGUCCUGGGUAGUCGAGCUUCCUCUUCACACAGUCCUGACAGUGAUAUCAUCAAUACUACCUCACAUCCCUGCCCCCGCCUUGCAAACAUCCGCCAGUCCAGAAGGCAGAACACUAAUCAGCAAUCUCCCUACUUUUGCCGAAGAACCCAACAUCCAUGCUCUAUCAAUGGACCUACCGCCAGUAAAAGUCCACUCUUUUGAAUGGUCUGCACUGGCCCUGGGCUGGUACGAGUCACUGCUCUGGGGGUUCAUCUUCUCCAGUGAAAUGGUUGUUGGAUCGGCAAGCAAUUCAACGCCCGGAACCGUGGGUGUGUGGAAUAGCACAAACAUCAAGCUUUUCAAAGUCCAGGAGACGGCAGCCCAAGGUCCUUCAUUGCUCGCUCCCCGCGGCGCUGUCGAUGCUGUUGGUAGCAAUCUGGUUAACCGAAUAGGAAACCUGAGUUUCCGCGGUCGACAUGGCAGUAAUCAGGAAGCUUCUAAUCCUCAAUCGCCGAGUGUGCGAGAGGUGUAG